AUUACUUAUCAUAUAGGUAUACACGGUGUUACCAAAUCAAAGAUGUUACCCUAAUCUGCUCUAAACACAACACUACACACACAGCAGCCGCCAUCGGAAUACACACACAGCAGCCGCCAUCGGAAUGAAAUCGAAACCCUCUUCCUUCCGUCUCUCUCUUGCCGUCGUUGUUGAAUGUCUCGGCGCCUCCAUCGUCGCCACAGGAUCUUUGAAGGAGCACGGAAGUGAAUGGGACCAUGGUACGACUUUGUGUUCAUAUGCUUACGGAGAUAAUGAAGGUACUUCACCGGAGAGGCCGAUCUCUUCUGUGCGCACGACGGUGACCUGCUAUACAUUGAGAAGCUCCUUGGACCGAGCAUAUGGUGGCGAGAGGCCACCACUACCUCCUUCGAAGAUCCUGAUCCACGUCACCUGCCAAGCUUCCGCCUAUGUCGUCGGAGUAUCCGGAUGGGCCACCGGACUGAAAUUCGGUAGCGACUCCAUCGGAAUCGAAUACAACACUCACCACAACAUCGGAAUCGCAGUUUUUGCCCUAGGAACCAUUAAGAUUGGUUUUCAACUGAUUGAUGUGGAGGAUGCAUCUGAUUUUACUGAGCUUGUUUCAAAGCGUGAUGGUCCUGUCACUUUCCUACAGUUGUUGCAUAUUCCUGCAAACCCUGAUGGCAAUGAGAAGUUCCUAUCAUUACAUCCGUUGCUAAUAGUGGUUGCAAGUGAUGAAGCCACCAGGCCCACCAUGGGUCAAAAUCAAUGCUAUUUGAGUCCAGCUGGCAGGGAUGGUUCAGUUGUGUCUCAUCAGUUUCACUGGUUCCCUGGUUAAUUCUUUGUUGUUUAUAAUUUCACAAUCUAUACAUAUUUUCUAUAUAAUUUUACUUGACUGAAGUGUUGGUUUGUGGAAAGGUGGAGACUAGAUGCUCAUUCUUGGAUAAACAGGGGAUCCACUGUGUAGGAUUCUGGAUAUGCGAAUGUAGCUGUGGGGCUUCAGUUCCUUCCUUGGAUCAUUUGAUGUUCCUUUUUUAUCCUUCUUUUCUCCUGAUGUUUCAAUACACCUAUGAUUAAAUACACAUGGGAUCUCAUUGUUUAUUUAUUUAAUUGGAAGGUAUGACAAGGGCUGGAAUCUUUCAAGUAAAUUAUGCCCUUGUAAAGGGCCUUUGUCCAUAUUAUCAAACAAAUUAAGUAGUUGGAAUGAGUUUUAUGAAUGGAGAGGCAUCCCUGUAUAGCAAUGCACUGCCACUUCCGCCCUUAAUAGCAAUAAGCUUUGUGCUAAAAUUGCUACUGCUAGAGGAUGUAAUGCUGCUUAGAAAGGAGGAAAACAUGUACAAUCAACUGGUUUGAUCCCUGCAAGUCCAAAAAACAAAAACUGAUCUCCCACAGGCCACAACUUUGGAUGAAAACAGUCAACCUUCUGGUUAAUACUCAACUAUUGAAUGUUCAUCACCACAACUAGAGUCUCUAAGGGUUACAGAAAUUGAAAAUAUAGAGUCAGGUUGUCAGGUUCUUGAAAAAUUGGAAAAUGGCUCUCACACUGUGAAGGGUGUCAAGUUAAUUAGUCAAGAUAACAAAGCACUAUCAGUUAUCUUGUUGCCUCUCAAAAACAUGGUGUGCAGGAUCAAGAUGUUGUCAAUUUAAACAAGUCCCUGAGAAUUAUUUCAAGCUUCGUUGUUGCAGCUGCUUUUAACUCUACCAGGGUGCUUGAUGAAAUAUUUUGGGAACUUGUAGGCUUCACUUCCAAUCUUCUUCAUAUAAAAAAAAUCAGGUUACAAUGACUUGUUGAUUAAGGCAUUGGGUUGCUAUAGUGGCAGAGAGAAGACAACAGGCAGUGUCCAAAAAGGGUUAUGCACUUAAAUGUGAUUGGUGGUCUCUUGGGGCGAUUAUGUUUGAAAUGCUUGUAGAGUAUCCACCUUUCUACUCUGAUGAUCCAAUGUCAACUUGCAGGAAGGGUCUGCACCUGUUACUGUUGUGUAGUUUCUGUGGGUGAACCUGAUCAUGGACACUUGCGGUGCAUUCGCUCUAGCCAUUGAACCACCAAAUGACGGACUCAUGAAUAGAUUUGAUUGCGAUUGCUAUUUGGAUAAUAUUGCAUAGGCUUUAGGUUCCAUCAACAACUUGAUUUUAAGAUCAAUAAAAAAAAAAGUAAGCUCGCAUCCGAUGAUGGUACUGUAGGGUUUAGCCUCUAGCCACUAGGAAAUGUUUUAUUCGCAUCUGUUGUUGGCAAGAUGUCACAUCACGAGGUGAAAGCUUGCAUUUAUAUUACAUUUUUUUUCUUUUCGUAAUUAUGCAUUGUAUUUUGAAAGUAAUGGUUAAAUAACAAAAAAAAAAGUUAAAAUUAAGGAUAAGUAGUGCAUCAGAUCGAUUUCUAUAUGCUUUUGUUCUUCAUGUGCCUCGGUGUUCGUAAUUUAUGUUGCUUUGAUUUUGAAGUUUUGAGGCUGUUUUAAUCUCUUGUUUUAAUCUCUUUGCCGCCCGGUGCUUAGCACGGGUAAGCGGCUAGUAUAUAUAUAUAUAUAUAUAUGACAAAAUUGCAAAAUGGUCCCUGUGGUAUUCAUUUUUUGGGGUUUUGGUCCAAACCACGAAUUUUUUGGCUUUGUGGUUCUUUUGGACUGAUUUGUUUGUGAGAAUGGUCCCUAUACUUAACACCCAUUAAAAAGAAUCCGUUAACACCCUCAUGUGCCUUGCACGUGAGGGUAUUUCUGUCUUUUUACUUAUAGGGACCAUUUUUGCAUAUGAAUGUCAACGCUUCUUUCUACUUUUUAUCCCUCAUUUACAAUCCCAAACACCCGUUAACUCCUCACCUCCCUCCUUCCUUCUGCUCCAUUAAACCUGCAAAAAAACAUCAUUCGUUAUCCAAAGAACCUAAUCGAAGCAAAAGGAGACAAGGUCGCAGAUCAGACCAAAAAAUGAAGUUGUCGACGUAUCAUCCUUAUAUGGUAAGUUGCUCUGUUUUCUUAAACAUUCCUAUUUUUCAUUUUACCCUUGAUUUAUACUAAAAUCCGCCAAAUUUUGACUUUGUUAUCAUGUACAAUUUUGACUUGUAGCGAGUGCACCCACAUGGUUUAGUAUUAAGCUUCAUCAUGGUGGGAAGUUUACUAAGUUACCUGAUAUAAAGUAUACUAGAGGUGAAGUGUGUUAUGUUGAUUAUGUGGUCAUAAAUGAGUUUUCUGUACAUGAACUUGAUGCCAUAAUGCUUGACCUAGGUUACCCAGACCCACAGAUGAUUGAAUUGACUGAUGAAUCCCCAGUGAUAUACUACCAUUUCAGGAUACCUAAUGGUGACUUUCAAUUUGGUCUUAGAGCUUUAGGGAAUGAUCAGGAUGUUAUCAAUCUUUCUAAAUUUAUUCGAAAUAACAAGUUGAUUGAGGUGUGCACAGAACAUGGGAAGACAAAUCUACUCACUUACUUCAUGUCUCCAAAUGCAAAGGGUAAAGUUGUCAUUGAGGAAUUACCAGAAAAUGAUGAUCAAGGGGCUGAAUAUGAGGCUAAAGUUCAUGUACAAUCUCCAUUGAGAAAUAUGAACUAUGUCAAUGAUGAACCAAUUGGUGAGUACAUGUCUUUGAUUCUUUUUGGGAGUAAAAGUGAUGCAUUCUCACCAGAGUAUAGAAGGGGUAGAGUUGGGAAUUCAAAAAGAGGGGAAGGUUCUUGUAGCAAGAGGCUUAAUUUAGAGGAUAUUGAUGAUUUAAAAGAGAAAGAAAACACUAAUGAGGGUGUUAAGGAGGUUCAUGAGGCUGCAACUGUAGGGGAUGAGAUGAUUGGGGCUCAUGAUAAUGACCAUAUUGAUGGAUGCUACAACACCCCACCUAUUAAUGAUGAUGAACAAUAUAAUGAGCUUUUUGAUAACCUUAUGGAAAAUUUAAUUGGAAGUGAUGAGGGUGUUGAAGAGUAUGAAGGGGAUGAUCAAUCUGAAGAUAAUGAUGAAGAGUAUAAAAAGGAUGAAGGCGAUGAUCAUGAUGGGAAACAAUCAGAAAAUGAAUAUAAAGUGGAUGACAUAAUGGAUGAGGAGAACAAUAUAGAAGAUGUUGAUGUAGACAUGACAGACUUCUUUCUAAAUGUUGAAAGUGAUGUUGAAGGAGCAUGUAUUAAUGAUGGUCAUGAACCUGAAGAUAUGGAAGUGAUCAACAAUGAGGAGUUCGAAUCAUUGGAUGAAGGAUCAGACCACGACAGAGAAAGAAGAGCUCUUAUAAAAAAUUUGGGAAAAGAAAAAAGGUGCAGCCUUGGGUCAGUACAUAUACAGUCAUUCUCAGUGGGACAAAAGUUUAAAAGUAAAAAAAAAAAUUAAAGCAGUUAAUUGAUGUGCAUACACUAGAAACAAGAAGGAAUCUAUUCUUUAAAAAAAUGACAAUCAAAGGCUUAGGGCACAAUGCAGAGGAGUUGUACCUGUCAUCAAUAAAGGUUAAGUGGGGACUCAACCUACCACUUCAAAAAGCUAAGGGCAAAGAAGUAAAGACACAAAAAGAAACAUGUGGUUGGUAUAUACAUGCAUCUAGGUCAAACACCGAAUCUGACUGGUUUAUAAGGACCUUAAACCAAACUCAUACAUGCUUACAAACAAGAAAACUCGGAGCUUGUACUGCUUCUUUAAUCUGCAAGAAAAUCAUAGAUCAAGUUGAGGCAGGUCCGAAGAUUCCUUUGAGAGCCAUACAAGAUCACUUUCAAAAGACCUACCAGGUGGGUAUCUCGAUGGAUAAGGUGUUUAGGGCAAAAGAUAUGGCAAGAAAGCAUGUAAUUGGGGACUACACAAAAUAGUUUGAAUUGUUGAGGGACUAUGCUCUUGAACUUCAAGCUACAAACCUAGACACAACAGUCAAAAUAGAUGUGUGUCCUAAUGGCAACCCUGCAUCCCCAACAAGGCAGUUUAGAAGGAUUUAUGUAUGCUUGGGUCCAAUGAAAAAAGGUUUCUAGGUAUGUCUUCGAGACUUAGUGGGUUUGGAUGGUGCAUUCAUGAAAGGACCAUUCCCUGGUCAGGUUCUUACAAUAGUUGGUCUAGAUUCCAACAAUGAAAUUUAUCCCUUGGCCUAUGCAAUUGUUGAGUCUGAAAACACAGUUAGCUGGAAGUGGCUUUUAGAAAACCUUGGGGAUGACUUGGAGCUUGGGAGCAACUCAAACUAUACUUUCAUAAGUGACGGGAAAAAGGGAUUACAAAUUGCAGUUGAUCAAUUGUUUCCCAAUGCUGAGCAUAGGUAUUGUAUUAGACAUAUUUAUGACAAUAUGAGAAAGAAGUGGGGGCAAACUGAGUACAGGGACCAUUUAUGGAGGUGUGCAUCAGCAACCACCGUUCUUGAGUUUGAGCAUUUGAUGAGGGAGUUUAGUGAUUAUGAUAAGGAGGCAUGUCAAUGGUUGAAGCAGAUACCUCCUGUACAUUGGGCAAGGAGUCAUUUCUCAUGAAGAGUUGUUUCUGAUGUGUUGAUUUCAAACAUGUGUGAAGUGUUUAAUGGGAAGAUAGAGAAAGGCAGGGACAAACAUGUAAUUUCAUGUUUAGAGUUCAUUAGGGAGUAUCUAAUGAAGAAGAUAUGUAAUGUCAUGAAGGAAAUGAAGAAGGCUAAAGGUCCACUAACAACUACAGCAACAGACAUCCUAGAUGCAAGGAAAAAAGGUGUUUCACAAUAUAUUGUUAGGUGGAAUGGGGCAAACAAGUAUCAAGUCACUGGAGCAUUGCAAGAUCAGCAUGUGGUGGAUGUUAGGAACCAAACUUGCACUUGCAGAAAGUGGGAAUUAAUGGGAAUACCUUGCAGGCAUGUAAUUGCAACUCUGAAUGAAAUGAGCAAAGACCCUGAGGCUGAGCUUGACAUUUACAAGUGGGUACACGAGGUGUAUUGGUUAGAGACAUGGCAAAAAGCUUAUUCAUUUAAGGUGGAACCAAUUAAAGGGAGACCCAUGUGGCCUAAAAGUAAUUGUCCAACAAAGCUAAUCCCUCCUCCACGUCGCACUCAGGUGGGAAGGCCUAAGAAAAAAAAUAAGACAAAGUAAGGGUGAAAGGUUAAGCAAAAGGCAGAAGGCAAGUCAAGGUGAUGGAGUGAAUGAGAUGCAAGGAGAACAUUCCCAAGGGCCAACAAAUGAUGGAGUGCAGAAGCUAUCAAGGAAACAUAUCAAUGUUACUUGUAGCAAAUGCAAGAAUAAGGGACACAACUCUAGGACCUGUAAAGGGCAAGGUGGGAAUCAAUCCAAGAAGUGAUUUUGAUUGUUUUUUUUUUGAAAGAGCGUGAUUUUGUUUGUUUGUUGUGGUGCAAUGACUAUUUAGUUACUUGUUAAAAAUUGUUUGUUUUUGAAAAUUUUAGUUAUGGUUUAAUGAUGUGGUUAUGUAUGGUGCACAUACACUUGUAUGCUUAACUUGGUAAUGGUUUUUGGUUCCACUCAUGUGGUUAAUGGAAUGUGCAUUUUGGUCAA